AGUCCUGACGCUUGUUCCGACGGAAUGGAUAUCGUCGCAUAUCGCUUGUCACACAAAACUGACCUGCAACUCACUCACUCACUGCCAGUGCUAGCGAAAAAGUGCUUGGCGAGUUUUGCUGCAUACCGCUGAUAUGGAAACGGAAGAAAGCGGAGCGAGAAGGACGCUCAGGAAAGAGGCCAGCGCACAUUUCCCGCGAAGGACUACGUUUUUGACGUAUACCCUGACUGCCCGCUAGUGGCUUGUGCUUUGAGUUUGUGAGCCGCAAACCUCUCGGGACGGCUGAACACUUCGCGCGCCACUGGGCGGUUGGCGCAGCGACAUGGCCACGGUCACUCGCCGAGUGGUGGAGAGCGACGGGCACCGAAAGGUUGAAGAGGUGCCGGCUGAUAACCUUGUGAGCCGCAUGGCGAAAAGCUGGCCACCCAAGUCUCCGUCAGGACAGCGUAAGAACGCAGUGAUGCCCAAAGCCAAGCCUUUGGUGGCCGUGAAGUCCGAGCUCGUGAAGAAGAUGUCGGGUGAGAUUGGGACUCGCAACACUGAACAGCCGCGUGCAAGAGCCAAGACGUCCGUCGAGAAACCAUCAAGGAUCUCCCACUUAGAUAAACCUGCCCGCACCACCCAGCCUGAGAUUGAAGAGCCAGCGAGGAAACCCACGUUGCCUAAGAAACCAGCGGCAGCCUCUGAAAGUCCCGACAUGCCAGCAAAGCAACCAGACACCAGCAGUCCGCCGCCUCGGCUCACUAUCGACCCGGAGCAAGUAGCGCGCGCUGCCCGUGAGCGCAUACACCGCCGCUCCACCGAACCAAACGACACACUCGCCAAGAAAGUUUCCGCCCUUGCGGACCCAUCCGGUGAACUUGGAGCAAACACCCCGCCGCGCUCUACAGGCAAUAGUCCCAGGGCUCCUUUGGGCCACUCUUCGUCAAUGAUCAGCAGCUCAUCAGGGGACAGCAAGUCCAACGCACCAUCACCCUUGCCGGGUCACCGUAGCCUGGUCGGUCGCUUUCGCCGCUGUCCCGUUCUGGACGUGGAUCUGGGCUCACCGCCAGCGGUUCCAAGACAGUCCAAGCCUAGCCUACCCGAUCCACCAGCACAUCUUCAUGUGGUUGUGCCUUGCCCAAGCAGCAGUAUUGGUGCCAUGUCAUCGGCCGCAGAGGAUGUCGAGAUCUACGAGGACCUGGAGGUGGUGACCGCUGGAAUGGCUAAUCUCCAGAAUGACUACGUCUUCGGCAACUCGGCUGAUGCUGAAGACGAUGAAGAAGUGUAUGAUUUACCGGAUCAGACUAAUGGGCUCACCAGUAGUAGAUCAAGGGAUGAUCUGGGUGGUAAUGAUAGCGACUUUCUUUCCGACGAGUACGAAGAGCUGGAUCGCUACAGGAUUUCUCACGCCAGCGGCUCCGGUGAUGAACUAAACGGCGCGCCUUUCAAGUCUCAAACACUGCCGGUGCCAAACCAGAAGUGCCGCAUAGACUCUGUGAACCUGCGACGCCAGCAAGAGGAGGAGAAGAAGAGGAAAAAGGAAGAGGAGAAGAAGCGCAAGAAGGAGGAACGCAAACUCAAAGAGGAAGAGCGCCAGCGUGAGGAGAAGCGUUUGAAGGAAGAAAAGAGGCAGCGGGAAGAGGAGAAGAGGCUAGAGAAGGCCAGAAAGCUAGCCGAAAAGCAGCAGCAGAAAGAGAAAAAGAGGGGCAAAUCGACAUCCGAAUCGUUUUCCAUCCCGGCAGCUGAACAGCAGGUUUCUACUGAACCGGACAGAGACCCAGAAGACUGUGAGAGUACAGCCACCAGUCUGGACGGGGGAGUCAGAGCGGACACUGCACAGCUCGAAGAAGCAGAAGAAGACGAGAUUCUGUAUGGCGAGGUGGACGAAUUCGAGGAUGUUUCAAAUCUGGAUGAUGCACCCCGCACUGUGCAUACUGUUGCAGCGGCUGAUGUGCAAGGCAUCGAUGAUUACAUCCGCAUGCACAGCGCUGCCAGUGGUGCAAGGAACGUGGCCACCGCACAGCUCACCAAAACGCUGUCGUCGACAUCCGUCAAGAUUGGCCUGGGACGCCGAGACACCGAGGAGAGAUUGCGAUCAGCUACUCUGUCGGCGGCAGUUAUGCAAAGUGCCAGAAAACCUCUGAUGAAACCUCGCAAGUCCAGUCCGACUAUGCAAAUUGCUGGAGGAAUAUCCAAUACCAGUGUCACACCUACGGGUAAUUCAGUUCAUGACGCCAGCAUUGGAGCCGGUCCCAUGGGUCAUACAAUGACUUCCGACAGCCUGGGAAAACAAUACACCUCUACAGCAAGUGAGGACAGCGCUUACGACGAGGAUGUGUACGAUGUGCCAGAGCUUGACGCGUCGGACAGGCAUGCUGAGCAGCCGGGCACAGCUAAGAACAGCGAGCGCAUGCGGAAGAACGGCAUCCCAGGCGGUGCGGCCAGCCCAGGUAGUGACCCAUCCUCAGAAUUGUACGACGUGCCGGAAUUAGACCACACAGGCGCGGGCGAUUGCAGCAAAGCCCGCAGUGACGAUCAUGACGCGGAGGAAUCUGAAUACUUGCACAUGGCACCUAUUGUUCCCGUGCAGGGGGCGUUCUGGGCGGACGAAGCAGCGGAAGAAGGAUUCGGAUCGCUGUCGCCGCCCCCGCUCUCGCCCCGCCUGGCCAGCUCUGCGGAACUCUCGUCGCCUCUCAGGGGGCACCACUACCACGGAGAGACGCCGCUCAGCCAGGAAGACCUUCAUCUAGUGGGCUCUCCGGAGGAUGGUGGCGUGACGGCACGGUCGCUCAGUGUAACCACGCAUGCUAGCCACGAUUCCUGGAAUACAAAGAUAACAUCUGCGUACAUUGCAUGGGCUGGAGAAGAGAUGCAGUCGAAUGAAGGUCACCUUCAGCAUGAUGACAUCGCUACGGAAAAUCAGAUGUCAAGCCCGUCACCCAUCCAAGAGGAACGCGCCAACCAGCACCACAAGGCGUCCACACUCAGUGCAGUGUCGGCAGCGCACUGUGCGGGCGCGCAGGAUGACGGCACGCCAUUGCAGCACCCAGCCAUUGCAGCCACGCAGGCCGAUAGCGGCCAAGACCUGCCCCUGCUGGCCUCUCCUAAGUCCAGGAAGGACAGUGGCAAGUUCAAAAAGGCGGCACUCAAGAUGGCCAAAGAAGAGGCCAAGCGCCGACAAAAGGAAGAAGAGAAACGCUUGAAGGAAGAGGAAAAGCGGCUGAAGGAGGAAGAGAAACGCAUGAAGGAAGACGAAAGGCGAAUGAAGGAGGAUGAAAAACGUCAGAGAGAGGAAGACGACAGGCGAAUGAAGGAGGAUGAAAAACGUCAGAGAGAGGAAGCCAAGAAGCACGAGGAGGAGAGGAAGAGAGAGGAGAGGGAACGACGUAAGGCUGAAGAGAAGGAAGCAAAGGAGCGGGAGCGACAAGAGAAGUUACGCCUUGCUGAGGAGAAGAAGCAAAAGAAGAUUCAGAAGAAGAAACCCCCCAGUGCUAUGACAAAGAAGGCAAGCUCAGGCUCCACUGCCACGCUCAAUUCCAUCGAGUCUGACCAGGACAGAGCGCAGCGAGUGAUGACGUCGCCAAUGUCAGGUGGAUCAAUAGAGUCACUGAAGAACUCCAGCGUCACAUCGCAGGGAUCUGAUGAUCUUAGUCAUUCGCGUCCGUCGCCUGCAUCCGCACAUGCCCGCAGUCCCGACGGGUGGCAGGUCGAGCCACGGUCCUCGUCGUCACACGAGGUCAAUAUCGACGAGGCGGUGUACGACUGUGCCGAAGCCGGACAUCCACGCGAUGAACAGUACAUGAACACGACGGCCGCAGACAAGGAUGAAGAUGCCGAGAGCCUAAUCUAUGAAGCAACGGAGGGGUGCGAUGGAGACGCAGCCAAACCAACCCAGAUUUUUCCAGCAGAAGAGCCGCCGACAUCUGCGCUGAACACUCCCGGGCGUGGGAACGGCACCAACUUAGCAAUCUUCCCAGACUCACCGGAGCGGCAACGGCAGCAUACACAGGAAGAGGAGACAGGUGCCCCCUCGGUUGUACACAAGCCACCGCCACCAGCAGUCAAGCCGCGGGUGAAGCGUGCCGUUGCUCCAGCAGUGCCUCCACAUCCUAAACAACAAGACCGUGAUCGUAGUGCAUCGGUGCAGCUCAAGAGCGACCUCUUCUCCAUGAUGAGCGCCCUGGAUGCCGUAGCGGACAUGGACCCUCGGCAAUUCCGCUUCUCCGCAUCGCUGAGCGUCGACCUCGACGGCCAGCUGGCGAUGGACCUGGCCCAGCAGGGUGCUAACUCUGGACCGACGGGUUCUGCUGGAGAUGCUCCGCUGCCACUGCAUGAGGACAGUGAGGGUGCUGGUGAGGAGGAUGACCAGCCGCCGCCCGUGCCCGUGAGCAAAUUCCGCGACAGCGUUGUCUACGAUGUACCGGAGGGGCUGGAUGGCCGUGGAGAGCAAGGUGUUGGGUUUAUGCCGACAUCCGACUCCGGAGGCGACCACAGCCUGGACGACAUUAGCGACAGAGCAACUCCCAGGUUUUCACCCAGGGUGUCUCCCAUCGCCGAUGAUGAGAAUCUCUACGAUGAGGUGGCACGGAGUCGGUCACCCUCUCCAGUUCACAGCAAUCAUCCAGGGGAUCUACCAAGCAAGGAUACACCUGCUACCAGCACGCCAGCAGGAAACGGAUUGCUCUCGCCUGCACCAGCGGCAACACUUGCACCAGCAGCAGUAGGGCCUCAUGGCCGACCACUCUCAACAAUAGCGGAAGAAGCGGCGAUCGAAGCAGCGCAGAUGCAAGCCGCAGCCGAACUGGAAAAGCUACAGAAGCGGCAAGCUCCUUCGGCACAUGCAGGAAAGGAACCGAAAGACGCGAAUGCAGCAAGUAAGAAGGAGAGACGGAUCAGCUUCUUCCGCCGUCACCGCAGCAAGGAAUCAGCCGAAGUGAAGAAACCACCUCCUAAGCCAGUUGACGCACUGAAAGCGAAAAAGAAGAACAAAGAGGACAAGGGGGCACACCGUCUUGCAAAGAAAUUGGCUGAUGAACGGUCCAAGCUGAUUGCCAUGCAGAAGAAAAUGUUCGGGCUUAGUGGUAAUGAGGAAGUGCUGGUAGUGGCCACAGCUGAACACACAUGCAUGGUCGGUCCGGAGCACUUCCUAAUCUACGAAUCCGGAGAGCAGUUUGACGUGCUCUUUAUUGACAGCACACGGGAGCGAGAGCUACCCGAGGAGUCCUGGCUCGUGCGAAGGAAAGUCGAUGGAACCUAUGGCUAUGUGGAGGAGAUCAAUAUGGUUGUGCCGGUCAUGGCAUUUGACGAGCACAGCGAAGACGAGGGAUUCACGGAGGUCGGGAUUGACAUCGGUGGCCUCGAGCCGACCAAAGUGAAAACGGUGGAGCUGGUCGAGAGCGACGGCGACGGUGACAAGCGCAAGCGUGGUCAUGUGUACGACGAGGUGCGCCGCAGCAUGCUCCUCGCCGACCGCGGUGAUGACAAUGGCAGUCCAACACAGCCCUGGCACCAGCCGCAGGUGAAUCCAAACGCGAUCCCGCCGCCCGAUGUUCGUCCGCCCAUCAUUCCCGCCAAGAACUUCUAGUGCUGCCUACGUAGUCACAAAUCCAUCACAACAUGUUGAUAAGGGUAAUAAUAAUAAUGUAAUAUAUUAUCCCCUGCAUGCCACACACACACACACACACACGCGCGCGCGCACGCGUGCGCACACACACACACACACGUGCUCAUUCUUGCUUCUUACUUGUCACAUAGGACUAGACAGAGCCAUCGCAAAACAAAUUAUUUAGGAGUUUAUGAGCUAUAUAGGAAUAUAUCUAGGAAGACGUACAGUGCCAGGAAACGCCAUAGGAAAUAAGCUAUUGUAGGAAUAGCGAGCUUCUUUUCAGGCAAUAGAACCGCCUGAGACACAGUGCACCAGGAAGGCAAGUUAUGAGCUUUUUUUUCUUUUUUAAGAAUAGCAGCAUGCGUGGUCUUGAGAUAUCUUUCGUCGGUCGUCCCAUCUUCUGCAGACGGUCUUCUUUUAAUGACAACUAGCACAUGAAAAUGAUACAUCCCAUCUCCCCUUCCCAACAGUACUGCCCAUGCUCAUGAAACGCAUGAUCUUUGUAUAGAACGCACACGCCGCAUUGCUCUCCUUUCUCAACUGCUCUGCAGUCCUUAUUGCCUAUGAAUCCACGGUACAUCCCUGUGACUCAGUGUGCUACUAACAUUACCUGAAUUAGUGUUAAGAACACCUCACAUGAUGCAUCUUGUAUCUCUGUAUAAAUGCUGCGCAAACUCCGAGUCACUUCCCAAAGCUACUCGCAGUGGUGUACAGUACCAUAUGAAUGGAUUUGACGGUAGAACUGCAGCAAGUUCCCGGUACAUCAUAUGACCGGCCGAAUACGGUGUAGAUCUACAGUUAACAAGUAGAGUAGAUGAUAAGCAGGAAGUACAGUCGUCCCUCUCUAAUCCGGCACCUUUUGCAACGGCAUUUUCUGCCGGAUAAACAAGGGUGCUGGAUUAUCAAAUCCUGCCCUCCAACCCGGCUCACCUAGUAACGUACAUGUUUGUGUCGUACGUCAAAAUGUAGGGAUUUUCUGUGUCAAUCCAA